AUGUCUGAUAAUGAGGAGAAAAUUCCAAUAAAGGAUACUGAAAAAAUUGAAGUUGUAAAAUCAGUAAUAGAAGAAGAAAAGACACCGUUGAAGAGAACAAGGUCUAAUGACGAAAAUAACACAGAUAACAAAAGAGUGAAAUCGGAUAAUGCUACAAAAGAUGAGACUAAAGAAGUCGAACAAAUACCAAACGAGGAAAAAGCAAAAUUUGUAUUUGGUUCCACAACUAAAUUCGGUUCAGGGUUUAAUGUAGCUACUGAAAUAAAGAAAGAUAAUUCUAAGGAUUCCAAAAGUUCUAACGAUAAUAAUAAUAAGAAUGAUACUGACAAACCAAAAGUAAUGGCAUUUGGCUCAGGUUUCUCCUUUGGUAGUGGGUUUGGUGUUCUGAAGACUGAUAAUGAGUCGGAAACUAAGAAUUCAGAAAAAGAUAAGAAAGAAGAGACUAGUUCUAAGGAUUCAGAGGACAAUUCACAAGAUGAUUCCAAAAAGGACCAAGUUAACACUGAAAAUGAUGAGAAGGUACAAUUGCAUAAACAAGAUGUCAAGUCAGGUGAAGAAUUAGAAGAGACUUUGAUUCAAGCUAACGCAAAAUUAUAUCAAUUGGUAGAUAUGAAAACUGGUUGGAAAGAAAGAGGUACUGGUGUCAUUAAAGUGAACAAGGAUUCGAAGAAUGACAAAUAUCGUAUUAUAAUGAGGACAAGGACAAUACUGAAAGUUAUACUGAAUUUACCUCUUGUCAAAGGUGUCACAUUAAUGAAAGGCUUCCCAGGAUCUUUACAAAGUGAAAAAUUUAUUAGAAUAAUUGGUAUUGGUGAAAAUAAUAAACCCCUGACAUAUGCUUUAAAAACAGGUAACGAAGAGACCACAGAGGACCUAUAUAAGAUUAUUAAUGACUCCAUUCCUAAGUAA